UCUAAAUCUAAAUAAGUCUAUCUAAUUCCUCAACAUAGUAUCUACUUGAAAUAUGAGUUCCAUCAAAAUCCUCUCCACAACUACAAUACAUGCAUCAAAUCAUAAUCUUUCUGACUCAACUUAUCAUACAAUCCAUCUAACCCCAUGGGAUCUACAAUUCCUCCCAUUUGGAUUCAACCAAAAGGGGCUUCUUUAUCAACAUCCUUUCGAAUUAGAUAGAACAAAUCAAAUCCAACACCUUAAAGACUCUCUUUCUUCUACCCUUGAUAUUUUUUGGCCCUUCACAGGUCGUCUCAAGAUAACAACAGAACACGAAGCUAAUACAAUUUCGUGUUCCAUCGUGUGCAACAACGAAGGUGCACUCUUUGUUCACGCCGUAGCGAAAAACAUCAGUGUUGCUGACAUAGUUAGACCCACUUAUCAUCCUCCUAUUCACCAUUCAUUUUUUGCACUAAAUGGAGUUAAAAACUACGAAGGAACAUCACAACCAUUACUUGCAAUCCAAGUAACGGAGUUAGUUGACGGCAUCUUCAUUGGCUUCACAGUUAACCACGUGAUUGUUGAUGGUACGUCGUUUUGGCAUUUCAUCAAUUCGUGGGCUGAAAUCUCGAAAGGUUGUCUUAAAAUAUCCAAACUUCCAACAUUUGAUCGUUGGUUUUCGAAAGGUAUUGAAUGUCCCAUUAGAUUUCCUUUCACGAUAGAGUCACGAUAUAAUGAUAAUGAUGAAGAAGGAAAAAUCAACUUUCCAGAGAGAGUAUUUCAUUUCAAAAAGGAGAGUAUCGCAAAACUAAAAUUCAAAGCAAACUUAGAGGUUGGUACAAAAAAUAUAUCUUCCUUGCAAGCAAUUUUCACUCACAUUUGGCGCUCUAUUAUACGUUGCAAAAAACUUGACCCACAAGCAGAAGUGAAAUUCGUGCUGGAUAUUGGAAUUAGACCAAGGUUGAUUCCUCCGUUGCCUGAGGAUUAUUUUGGUAAUGCUGUGAUAGAUUGUGUUGUUAGCAUCAGAGCCGAUGACUUGUUGAAAGACGGUGGGCUUGGUAAGGGCUCUUUGGAGAUGAACAAGAUGAUUGUUUUGCACUCUGAUGAGAGGUUGAAAAAUCACUAUGAAAAUUGGUUAAUAACACCGAGUUUUGUCACCUCUGGUAUGGCCAACAGUGAUUCAUUGGUCAUUGGUGGUUCUCCUUGGUUUGAUGUUUAUGGUAAUGAUUUUGGUUGGGGAAAACCUGUGGGGGUUCGAAGUGGGGGUUCAAAUAAAAGAAAUGGAAAGAUUUAUGUGUAUGCAGGUGUAGAAGAUGGUAGCAUGGACCUUGAAGUAUGUCUUCCUUGUGAAAUUUUGGAGGCAAUUAGAAAUGAUCCUGAGUUUAUGGAUGUUGUGUCCUACUAAUUGGCUUGUGUAACGUAUGAAUAAAUGAUACCUGAGUCUUAGUUUUGUAUUUUUCAUUCCAUAUGUCAAGAAGAUUUUUUCAUUAUUGCAUUUUUUAUGCAAUAUAAAAUGGAAUUAAAAAGAGUA